AUGCUCCGCCCGGGCCCGCUGCUGCAGUCGCUCGCCCUGCUCUGCCUCUGCCCGCGCCGCCCCGGCCCCGGCCCCGGCCCCGUCUGGGGCAGGCGGGCGGCGGGCGGCGGCGCUGCCUGGGACCCGCCGCCGGCCAACGGCUCCGGCGCGGCGCCCUGGUGCCCCUACAAGGUGUUCGGCGAGGGCCAGGCCAGCGGCCGCCUCUGCUUCAGGAGCCCGGCGCGGGACUUCCAGUGCCCGCCGGCCAGCUGCAGGGCGCACCGCUCGCCGGGCCGCGCCCUGGUGGCCAACGUGCUGGCCAACGGCAGCGUGCUGCUGCAGUGGCGGGCGCCCGGCGGCCACCUGCGGGGCUUCGCCCUCAACUGCUCCUGGGCCGGCACCUACACCCGCUUCCGCUGCGGCAGCGUCCAGCUGGGGGCCAGCUGCCGCGACUACCUGCUGCGCGACGCGCACGGCAGCGUGCGCUACCGCCUGUGCCUCCAGCCCCUGGCCCGGGCCGGCGGGCCGGGCGCGCCCCGCGCCGAGUGCGUGGAGUUCAGCCUGGAGCCGGCCGGCCUGCGGGACAUCGUCGUCGCCAUGACGGCCGUGGGGGGCUCCAUCUGCGUCAUGCUCGUCGUCAUCUGCCUGCUGGUGGCCUACAUCACCGAGCACCUCAUGCCGCCGGCCGCCGCCGCCGCCAAGAGGGGCACGUAGGGCGCGGGCCCCGGCCGGGUGGGGGCCGCUCCACAGCCCGGGCCUGCCACCGGCCCCUGGGGCCGGGGCCUGGAGCGCCCUCUGCAGCCGGUGGGGGGCUGGGACCGGGCCCUAGAGCCGGGGGGGGGCCUGGAGCGCCCUCUGCAGCCGGUGGGGGGCUGGGACCGGCCCCUAGAGCCGGGGGGGGCCUGGAGCGCCCUCUGCAGCCGGUGGGGGGCUGGGACCGGCCCCUAGAGCCGGGGGGGGGGCCUGGAGCGCCCUCUGCAGCCGGUGGGGGGCUGGGACCGGGCCCUAGAGCCGGGGGGGGCCUGGAGCGCCCUCUGCAGCCGGUGGGGGGCUGGGACCGGCCCCUAGAGCCGGGGGGGGCCUGGAGCGCCCUCUGCAGCCGGGGGGGGCUGGGACCGGCCCCUAGAGCCGGGGGGGGGGCCUGGAGCGCCCUCUGCAGCCGGUGGGGGGCUGGGACCGGCCCCUAGAGCCGGGGGGGGGCCUGGAGCGCCCUCUGCAGCCGGUGGGGGGCUGGGACCGGGCCCUAGAGCCGGGGCCUGGAGCGCCCUCAGCAGCCGGGGGCUGGAAUCUGCCCUGGAGCUCUAGAGCCAGGGGGCUGGACCCAACCUCUAAAGCCAGGGCCUGGAGCUUUCUCUGCAGCCAGGGGGAUGGAACUGGCCCCUGGAACCGGGGCCUGGAGCUUCCUCUUCAGCCAGGGGCCUGGAACCCUAUACCGAGCUUGGGCAUGGUGGAUCCCUCUCUAUCCAGGGUAGAGAUGGACACUGCUCUUCCUAGCUGACUCCAAAAUGCAUAUUGAUCACAGUGCUGUAGGGGGUAGACUUUGACUAAAGCGUUAUCUGGGGGUUACCAAAGCCUUAUAACCUUUCUAUUCCUGCUAGCGGUGACAAUGAAAGUUUAAAUCCAGAGGAAACCAGUGCCAUCACUCAGAGCAGAUUUGCAGCAACCUGAGGGACCUCAGUACCAUUGUAUGACUCAAAGAUUUUUUGAGUUGUAUCCGGUAUUAUUUUCCAUAGAGGACUUUCUAUAGAUCAGUCUUCACUAGACCAAGGGAAGUUUUAAAUAGCUAAAGGAAACUGUGUUUAGAAAGAAGCAAGGGAGAAAUAGUUGCACAUUCAGGUGUCUGAACAUCAGUGUUGUGUGUUAAUGAACUUAUACUGUGAAAUAUUUGUGAGGGAUGUCAUUGUGGUUGGGCAUGCAGACAUUACUAAUAGAAAAGUAAGUGUUAUAGAAUCCUGAAAGAUUGGGUUAUAAGCAACCUUCGAGAUAAUGUUGAUGUGUGCAUUUUAUUGUGAUUUUUUAGAACUAAACAUUACACAAGACGAUAAGAGAUGGGACAGAGAAAGCCCCAACUCCUCACACUAUGUGCCAUAUCCUAGAUUGUUACGUUUGUUCUGCAAUCGUGUUACACAGGAAAAUUCCCAGGAAAAUAGAGUAAGUUAAUAAUAGGAUCAAAAUUAGGCAUAUUAAUUAGUGCUGAUUUAAAGCACUCAGAAAUAUAAGCCUGUUCUUUAGCACAUAUUUCUUUAGGUACCACUGUUUUUAUGAAAUUGUUUUCUUUCAUUUUAUUUGCAGACCAGUUGUUAAAAUACCACGGUCUUUUUGUUUUAAUAGCAAAUUUGCCAAGUGUAUCAUUUAAAGGUUGGGAAUUUUGUUGUCUAUUUUUGGUUUAAAAAAAAUAAAGUAAAUUAAAAAGCAGCUAUUCUGCCUGAGCCGUACCCAGUUUUCAAACUUAAAAUAUCUCAGUGAGAUAAAAAUCAAGAAUCUGCAUGAAGUGCUAGCAAACCUGCAGUUUUGAAAAGUAAACUAACUUAUUUUUAGAGGCCUCAAAUCAAAAAAGCACUUAAACACAUGAUUAACUUUAAGCAUAUGCUUAAAUCCCAUUGAUUUAGAUGUGCCUAAUUGCUUUCCUGAAUUGGAAUGCUAUCCUGAAACUUGGCCAAAGAGCGUAGAUCAAUACAGCUUAAGAAACUCGGGGGCUGAUGCAGAGUCCACUGAACUGAGUGGAAAAACUCCCAUUGACGGCGGUGGGUUUUGGAUCAAGCCCUAUGCUAAGCAGCUCAACAACUCGGGCCCAGGCCUGCCCCUAUUGAAAUCAACAGGAGUUUUGUCAUUGACUUCAACAGCAUUACGCCCUUUCAAAAGUAACAAUGUUUUUAGAAAAAAAAAAUGGAUCUAGCCAAUGAAUCUCCGGUUUCUGCCUGCUGCAAUUUAAAAAGGCCAAUUGAACAGAGUCUGAAAACUGGGCUUCAUAAUGAAACAUGAACUGAGCUUUAAUUAUAGCGGUGUGAAAAAUACACAAUAAUAACUACUAUGGCUAGUCUUUGCUACCCCAUCUUUGAAAAUGCAAUACACCUUAGUUCCAUUAAGGUAACACCUCCUAAACGCUGAAUUCUGUCAUGUAGGAGCUGAGUAUUUUUAAUACAGGAGCACGAGCUGUAAUCCGCUCACUCGAAGUGAUAGUAAACUAGGAUUUUAGCUAAACUCUAGAAUUCAUUAUAUUGUGCCUUAGAGUUGAAAGUUUGACCCAUUUAUAUUGACCUUUCUGUUCUUGUUGUAAAUGUUAUAGGAACGUGUACCUCCCACAGUGUUUUGUCUAGUUGAUAGGAAAAUAAACCUAGACUCGCUGAAUAUUACUUGAAUUUUAAUGUAUAUUUAAAAUAGAGUAAAUUACCUUCCUAGAGCUUCUGUGUUAGUUUUUGUUUAGUCUUGUCUCCACAUAGUUGACGGGUGUAACGAAAAUCUAAUAUUAUAUCACAUUAAAAAUAACGGUAGGGGGAAAAUAGGGUUUGUGUAACAGUGUAUUAUUAAUUGAUCACAUAUGAAACUCAAGUGUUUUGUCUGAAUAAACACACGUUUAUAAUCAGUAAAUGCCCAGUGGGCAUUUCUUGGGUAGUAUGGAAGACCUAAAACUUGUAAGUAGAUGGCAUAUGUAGAAACCCUCUAGAAUCCAUUGUUAAAAUACAAUAUUUGUACUAAUCAGAUGAGUAUAGCCAUACAACAGCCUACAUUUCUCUUUUUUUCCACAUUGUGUGUUUUAAAUCCAUCAAGCAAACUUAUUUCUCUUUAGGACUGAAAUAAUUUGAGGGUGGUCAGGAAGCUGAAGGUCUGUAUUUUGUCAGAUAAAAAUACCUUUCUUUUUCAUUAUUUCUUCAUGUUUUCCUUCUCACAAGCAGCUUGCUGUAAAUUACACUUCUUCCCUUCAUGAGUUUCUUGCCUAUGAACCUUGGUUUAAAACCACCUGACUAUUUAAAAUAUAAUUGCAAUUGGGGGAUGAGCCCUGACAGAGAAUAUCAUUCACUUUUCCCCCCAAACAGAGAGAAUGUGUGAAAUCUGAAAUUAGUUCAAGAAAAUUAAGACAAGUUGUACCUAGUGGAGUCAUGUCAUCCUUUGUGUAAAUCCAUUGAAUUCAGUGCAUUUAAACCCACAGUGAAUUUGGCCCUGUUUCCUUUGAAGGCUUCACAUGCAUCUAUCCUAUGACCAAUUCUAGGCAGGAUUAGUAGAGUGGAACUCGUAUUGUACAUUUGGACCAAUUUCUGUCACUCGCUGUUGCUGCCUUGUCCUUCGUCUUGCCAUGAAUUGCCAGACUUGAAAGUUAAAUGUAUAAUUAAUGAGCCUUGUAUCACCUUGGAGUUGACCUUAAUGAAUUAAAAGAAAAUAAUAAAAACGUAACAAAUUCUGA